CCUCAGGACUUCUCUGGACCAAAGCCUUUUGCCCACCAUGGCCCCUUCAGGUGUCAUCCUGCUCCUUCUUUUGCUCCCAGUGGCUGCCACUCUGAUGACCCCAGGUUCCUGUUCCGGAUGUGGGCCCCUCUCUCUGCCAGUGCUGGCAGGGCUCAUGGCCGCCGACGCCCUGGUGUCGCUGUUCAUCAUCGCAGUCGUGUUUGCGUGUGCUUGCCCGCGCCACCGGCCCACCCUAGAAGAUGACAAAGUCUACAUCAACAUGCUCAGCAGGGGCUGAUCCCCCUGUAAGUGAGACCUUUGAUGUUGGACCCUCUCAUCCCGCUUUGUGUGCCGCCACACAGGAAAUGCACUCCCCACUUUAGGGUGGAAUAAAGCUAUUGAACUACC